GGAGGAGAGAGGUCGCAGAGCUACUACCGACAGACUCCCCUCCGCCUCCGGUCUCCCUCCGCCGCUCAUUGGUCGGUUGAACAGCUUCAGCACCACGCAGCUGAACAGCGACACUCCGCCGAGCCGCUCCGCCGGAUGAGGACGAUGCCGCGGACCGAGGCUGCACAUCCCGGUUACUAUGGCACCGUUUAUCUGAUUCCCUCUUCGGGCCCAUUGUUUCAUCGCUCCACGGCAAACCGGAUCAUCUGCAGCUCCUCGGUUUGAUCCGGAACACCGUGUCCGUCUGUGGAGGGAGGAUGCCGUUUUCCCUGUCUCUCGCCUCCGUGGGUUCCGCUUGCUUCACCGGGUUUCCCUCCCGGUAUGACGGACUCUGAGGCUCCGGUUGACGGCAGCAGCAUCUCAUGUGCAGUGCCGCAUCAACAAGCACCGCCGCCCGACCGCCGGGUCCCCCCGCCGGCGCCCCGGUGUCCGCCGGUCCCCCGACGCCUCUUGUGACAUGACAGCUCCGGGCAGGAAGACGAGGAUCAAGGGUUGCUGGAAGCCGGAGAGCGGAGCGGAGGAGAUCACACCUGCAUCCCGGAUCCAUUAGGUCACAGCUCGGGGUCAGAACCCGGAGCGCAGGGGACCGAACUUGGAACCUGAUUCUUGAUUUCGGGCCUUGAAGCGUGGUAGGAACCCACCUCUCGCCUUGCCGUCUCAUGCACGGCCUCAUAGUGUUGAUCCUGGUCGAGUCCCGGUCGGCUGCGCUCCUCCCCAGGCCCGUCAGGCUCACUUGGCUGCUGCUGACCAUCACCUUCACCUGCACCGCCAUGGGCUGCAUCCAGAGCAUCGCCUGUAACAAGUCGCGCAUCAAGCGGGAGAACAUCGUGGUGUACGACCUGUCCGCCACCAUCGACCACUGUCCGACCGUCAUCGAGGAGAACUCGCCCAUCGUGCUCCGGUACAAGACGCCCUAUUUCAAGGCGUCUGCGCGGAUUGUGAUGCCCCCCAUUCCACGCAACGAGACCUGGGUGGUGGGCUGGAUCCAGGCGUGCACCCAGAUGGAAUUUUACAACACCUACGGAGACGUCGGCAUGUCCAGCUGGGAGCUUCCUCAGCUCAGAGAAGGUCUGGUCAGGGCCAUCAGCGACUCGGACGGGGUCAGCUAUCCCUGGUACGGAAACACAACCGAGACCGUCACCAUCGUCGGCCCCACGUCCAAACCCUCCCGCUUCGUCGUCAGCAUGAAUGACAACUUUUACCCCAGCGUCACCUGGGCGGUGCCGGUCAGCGAAUCCAACACGCCCUUACUGACUAACAUCAAAAGGGACCAGAGCUUCACCACGUGGCUGGUGGCGCUCAACACCACGUCCAGGGAAAAGAUCCUGCUGCACACCAUCAAGUGGAGGAUGAGGGUGGACAUCGCCGUGGAUCCGUCCCUGCCUCUGGGCUCCAGGGCCCGGCUGCUGGGCCGGGUGCACCAGGACCAGCCGAGGGUGCUGACCCGCAUGGAGCCCAUCCCUCCCAACGCCAUGGGGAGGCCCAACGCCAACGACGCCCAGGUCCUGAUGUGGAGGCCGAGGAGAGGCCCCCCGCUGGUUGUCAUACCGCCCAAGUAGACUGUUAAGAGCAUCUGAUGGCCGUUUUUUAAAAAAAAUAAAAUAAAAUCAAAGUCAUAUCACAGUGUCUGCAGCGAAACGGCGAAUACGAUAAUCAGAUGGACGACUAAAGCAGACAGCUGGAGAUCUCUGAGCAGGCUUGUAUGAACUGUUGAUGGCACAAAUCAGGGCUGCAGUGAUUCGAGUGAAAAAUCUUGAGGGGACGACUGCCUUAAAUUCCCCACCGCUGCCUUCGACGAUCCAGAAAGUAUGUUAGAUUCUGGUGCUGCUGAGCUAUCGGGAGUGCGGGCCUUCACUCCGACCCAGCGCCGUUUGACUCUGAACCGCCACCGGUGCUGGGAUGUAACACAAACCUGUACUGUAGCUACUCAGGCCCAGAAAGAAGCGAUCAAGCCUAAAGACAGAAUUCAAAAAAUUAAAAAAAAAAAAAAAAAAAAAAGGUUUUCCGGCCUUAUUGACACGGCCUGCUCUGUACUGUACACUAAAGUGCUGUUUAGAGAGAGUUUAAAGGUGUUUGUGCAGGUCCAGGAGGACGACAAGGCAGACAGAGAUAACUAUGAUAUCAGCCGGAUGAUGUGUGCAGAUGUGUUUGUGGUUGUGUGUUUUGUAUAUGGGAGCCUCGGGGUCGGGUCCUGGCUUGCUGCUGUGUCACACCAGACUGCCUCACACACCAGGGGCCUCCCUCCUUUGUGGUACAGUGGAGGCUUAAAGAUUGUCAACAUACAUGCAUCCUCAGAGCUACUUUGCUUUCUAUCACAGGAAGUGUUGGAGUCACACACACACACACACACACACACACACACACACACACACACACACACACACACACACACACACACACACACACACACACACACACACACACACACACACACACACACACACACACACACACACACACACACACGAAGCCCUGCAGCGGAUUUCUUUUUCUUUUCCGAUCACAAAUGGCCAGUCCACCCGAGCUGCAGCGCUUCAUCCCUCCCUGCCUUUUGAAAGCCAGAGAUGCCUGUUGAUGACAGCCUUCUAUCUUAGAAAAAACAAAACAUGAUUUCGUCUCUCUCGUGUCCCAUCUAAUCAGAUUUGUGAGGCGAAGAAGCGAGGCUAUUUUAUUUUAUGACACAAAAAUGAGUCAGUGGCUCAAAGAGGACAAAUAAUAUGGCUUUAACUGGUCAGUGUAGAGAUUGUGUUGAAAGAGAAAUGUCUAACACUCCUGUUGUCUUCAUUUAUGGGCACCACAAAAUGUUGCAAAAAUUCAGCAAAAAAUUCCCCAAAUGUGUGAAAAUUUGCAAAACCUUCAGAAAAUUCCAGUAAUUGCUUAAAAGUUUCCCUUAAAAGUUUUAUUUUAGAAAAUUACCCCAAAUUUGGCAAGAAAAUUCUUGUGAAUAUUUUCAAAAAAAAUGAGAAAAAUCUUCCAAAAAAAUCCUAAAAAUAUCUAGUGAUGACAUAUAUAUAGCAGUAAAAUUUCUUAUGUUUUCUUUAAGAACAUUCACAAAAAAAUCAACCAAAAUCCAGUGAAAUUUUGGUAGAUUUUUUGUGUGAAUGUUCUUAAAGAAACAUUUUUUUCCGACCAAAAAAUGUUCACAAAUUUUCCAAAAAUGUUGAAAAUGUGGGCAUCAGAAGUUUAACUGUGUAAAUAUAUUUUUUUCCCACAUUUUGAAACUUUAAAACAGGGCAACACGAGGGUUAAAAGACGUACAAAACUUACAAAAAACUAAGCUUGCCAGUUACCUGCAGAGGCAAGGUUUGAAAUAUUUGAAAUUUUUGCUCCACAAUCGGUAACAAUGGAGGUGAAUGAAAUGUCUUUAGUGAUCACAGCUUUGAAAAAAACAUUUGGAGCUGAACGCUGCUGUCAACAUGCCACAUGAACUGUAAAAAAAAAAAAAGAAUGCUUUUUGUUUUGGCCAUUUAGCAACUUUUUAAAACUAAAAAACAAACACAGUAACAGAAAAAAAUUAUUAAUUUAUUAUGUAAAUCUUUAACAAAAGUAUAAACUGUUUUUACAAAUAGUGAUCUGUUCUUUUGCAUUUGACUCUAAAAAUAUACAUUUAGUUUCAUUUAAAUUUACAAAACGUUUAUUUUUAACAGAUAUUUGCUAAUAUUUAAAAUGGAGAAAAAAUAAUGUAUGCUACAGAUUUUCCCGUUUUGUGAUAAUAUCUAAUAACAGAAAAAAGGGGAAUACAUUUACACAUUUACACAUUAACACUCAAAAGCAGGCCAAACUGUAAAAACAUGAACAUCCAAUAUCAGUAUUUUUACAAAUAGUAAUUCCUUCUUAGAAUAUGACUAUUUAAAUACAAAGUUAAAGUUUUGCUGUAUUUAAAUCUGCUAAAAAGCAUGACUUUACAGACAUUUGUUGUUGAACAUUGCAGUAUUUAACCACCAGGUUUUCUUUUACAAAAUAUAUUUUUGCGAGAUUUAUUUGUUUCCAGUCUCAAAUGAUCUAUUGGCUGUAAAAUUAUACUAUUCUGUACUAUAAUUAUUUAGCAAAAAUAUUAUUGUAAAGGCCUUUGCAAUUAUUUAAAUGAAAAAUGAUGAUUGAAAAAUUGUAAAGUGUUGUUUAUUUUACAGAUAAAUAACAGAUGAUAUUAAGUAAAAUCAAAGGAAAAUAGUAUUUACUUAGAUGUUGACUGUAAACAAAAGGCCAAAACUGUACAUCAAAAAUCUGCAUUUUAUAACUUAUCAUUUGUUCUUUUACAGUGUUGUACCAAAACAUGGCACCAUAUUUAAAUCAUUUAGAAUUUUAGAAAUAUUUGUUGUUAUUUCCACAAUUUUUUGCAGCUUUUGAACUUCAGUUUUUUAAACAUAUUUUUCCCUUGUUGCCAGAUUUUCUACAUGUUUUUCUUUUUUACAGUUCAGUAGCAAUAUGAAUAUGCUCAUGUAGCAGGUAUAAAAUUGAACAUAUUUAUCAUUUUUCUUUCAUGUCAGCGCACUAAUAUUGAUUAUUUAUCGUUAAGCACAGCUGAGGCUGAUGGGAUUUGGCUCCAUCAUCCAGUUUUGGACAUUAAAAGUCAGGUGAUCACCAAAGUUAUUACAAUUCAUCCUCUGAGGAACAUGAAUUUCUGCACCAGAUUUCAUGACAAUCCAUCCUAUAGUUGGCGAGACAUUUGCGUAAAAAAACAAAAAAAAUCAUGGCGGCGCUAAAAAUCUUUAAAGACUGGUGCAGCAUUUGGUUUACACAGAAAUACAUGAAGCUGUUUGUGCCAUUAGGAUGUUUUAUAAAGCGCGUAUUAAUGAAAUUUAAUGACUGAAAGUGGAAACUCGGGUUCCUCUUACAGAAUAUGAGCAUUUCACAAUCAUGUUUGAGGGAAAGUGUCGCUUAUUGUUUUCCAGGCAGGUCUAAAUGUCCACACAGCAGCCUCAUCACACAGUGAGCCGGUAUAUAAUGUUAAAAUAACUAAGAAUGAGCUGAACUGCUGAGCCGGUCCAUAGACAGAAAUGAAGAGAGACGGACGAUGAAACCGCGCUAUCUUCCUUUACACAUGCUGCUCAUUAUUCUUUGGUGCAAACCGAUCGAGCCUUCACACCUCAUCUAGAGCCACGAUCGCAGAGGAGGACUGCCGAGCCGGUGUACCGCAAACCCCCAAAAACACGCCGAUCACACGGGAAACAGAGAGCCGAACAACAUGCCUAUUGUAGCCACGACACAGGAGCAGUUGGUCCACACUGACAAUCAAAGGGAAACAUCUCGAGCAGCACUUUUAUCGGGAGGAUCGGGGAGGGGAUCUCCACCGGAAAGUGGUUUUGUUCAGAGAGAUCGAGGCUUUUAUGGCGCGAGACCGAUCAGAAAGUUUGUUCACAUGUUGCCCCGAGUUAAAAAACAGAGUGUUAAUGAAUACGUUUAUACUCGGCCACGAGGUCACGCAGUCCGCCGUCUACGUGCAUCAGGGCCUCAAGUGUCUUUUUACAGUAACAGCUGUGCCUGUGGACUCGAGGUUAGCAGCAGUGCACGGCCCUUCACCUACUUGUUCUGCUGAUUGCCUUGAGUUUGAUGCAGUGAUUGUUUAAAAAAAAUAAAUAAACGACUGGGUAAUGGUGUUUUACAGUGUUCUAACAUGAAGGAAUCUGCCGUGGUACAGUCCUUUCUCUCAGACUGUCGGGCUUUUGCAUGCAGUGUUUUUAAACUCAAUAAAACAAAUGCCAAAAAAUAACAAAGAA